AUGGACAACAUCUCGGAGAUUCAACAGACCAUUCUUAUUGGUGCAGUCGUUGCAACUUUUCUUUUCAACACUGGACGUAUUAUAAAAGCAGUAGACAUCUUUAACGAAUGUUUGGUGCUCCUUAACGGUAAAGCUCUAGAGACAAUCAAAGAACUUACCACACCACUUGUUAUCAAAUUUUACCAUAAACUUCUUGAUGGCUAUACUCGUGUGUACGAUCACACCCGUGCCACAGAAUGUGGUAAAAAGCUUCUAGUGACACUACACAAUAGUGGCCAAAAAGAAGUAGAAGGGAUGACAUUACUUAAACUAGCGAACAUCUACUAUCAAACAAGCAAAUACGAGGAAGCAAAACAGUUUUACGAGAAGGCACUCAGCAUCAUGAUUGAGACUGGAAAUAAUGACGGAGUUGGAACAUGUUACGGGAAUCUAGGAGCUGUGUUUCAAUCCGUUGGUCAAUAUACCAAGGCUGAAGAAUACCUUCAAAAAGCACUAGUGAUCAGGAAAGAAAUCGGUGACAAAGAAGGAGAAGCAUCUGCUUACGGAAAUCUAGGAACUGUGUUUCAGUCUGUUGGUCAAUAUACCAAGGCUGAAGAAUACCUUCAAAAAGCACUAGUGAUCAUGAAAGAAAUCGGUGACAAAAAAGGAGAAGCAAUUGCUUAUGGAAAUCUAGGAUUUGUGUUUCUUUCUGUUGGUCAAUAUACCAAGGCUGAAGAAUACCUUCAAAAAGCGCUAGUGAUCAGCAAAGAAAUCGGUCACAAAGAAGGAGAAGCAUCUGCUUGCGCAAAUCUAGGAAAUGUGUUUCAAUCUGUUGGUCAAUAUACCAAGGCUGAAGAAUACCUUCAAAAAGCACUAGUGAUCAUGAGAGAAAUCGGUUUCCAAAAAGGAGAAGCAUCUGCCUACGGAAGUCUAGGAACUGUGUUUCAAUCUGUUGGGCAAUAUACCAAGGCUGAAGAAUACCUUCAAAAAGCACUAGUGAUCAGCAAAGAAAUCGGUGACAAAAAAGGAGAAGCAUCUGGUUACGGACAACUAGGAACUGUGUUUCAAUCUGUUGGUCAAUAUACCAAGGCUGAAGAAUACCUUCAAAAAGCACUAGUGAUCAGGAAAGAAAUCUAUGACAAACAAGGAGAAGCAUCUGCUUACGGAAAUCUAGGAACUGUGUUUACAUCUGUUGGUCAAUAUACCAAGGCUGAAGAAUACCUUCAAAAAGCACUAGUGAUCAGGAAAGAAAUCGGUGACAAACCAGGAGAAGCAUCUGGUUACGGAAAUCUAGGAACUGUGUUUCUUUCUGUUGGUCAAUAUACCAAGGCUGAAGAAUACCUUCAAAACGCACUAGUGAUCAAGAAAGAAAUCGGUGACAAACCAGGAGAAGCAUUUGUUUACGGAAAUCUAGGAAGUGUGUUUGAAGCUGUUGGUCAAUAUACCAAGGCUGAAGAAUACCUUCAGAAAGCUCUAGUGAUCAGGAAAGAAAUCGGUGACAAAGAAGGAGAAGCAGCAGAUUACGGAAAUCUAGGAACUGUGUUUCUUUCUGUUGGUCAAUAUACCAAGGCUGAAGAAUACCUUCAAAAAGCAUUAGUGAUCAUUAAAGAAAUCGGUCACAAAAAAGGAGAAGCAACUGCUUACGGAAAUCUAGGAUUUGUGUUUCUUUCUGUUGAUCAAUAUACCAAGGCCGAAGAAUACCUUCAAAAAGCACUAGUGAUCAAUCAAGAAAUCGGAGACAAAGCUGGUGUUGGAGCUUCAUACUUAAAUCUGGGAAAACUUUGUCGAAAAUUUCAACUUACUGCAAAGAGUCAAGAAUUUACUAUUAAAGCACUUGAGAUGAGUUACGAAAUAGGGAGCAUUGAAAUGCAGUUUGAUAGCCACCUUGCCAUUGCUCUGAAUGAGUUAGUGGCAGGAGGAAGCAUAACUGAAGCUCUGCGAAAUCUGCAUGAAAGCAUUCAGAAGUGCGAAGAAAUGCAUGAUUUUUUAAGAGUGAAAGAUCCAUUCAAAAUUUCUUUUUUUGAUGAGCAUGUGUCCCCUUACCUUCUCCUUUGUAGGUUGUUAAUUGCUACAGGCAGUUAUUAUGAAGCUCUUUACGUUGCCGAGCUUGGACGAUCCAGAGCACUGACAGAUGUACUUUCAGAUAAUUACUCUGUGGAAAAAGGGGUAUCAGUCAAGCCACAGUCAUGGAUUGGCAUUGAGAACAUCAUGAACAAAAAUGCACUUAGUUCUUGUCUUUAUGUUUCCUGCUUCGAUGAUAAUAUGUACUUUUGGAUCCUCAAGCCGAACAAAAUUAUAGUUUUUCGACAAACGAGACUCAAAGAAAGUGCAGAUAAAGUGUUUGGAAAUCACACAUUUGGUGGCUCUCUUGAUUUACGUCAAGACCAAUGCGAAGAUCGAUCAUUAUUUUCAUGUGUAAUUUCCCCAGUAUCAUGCAAACAAUCUCAGAGUGACAGCUUCGAAUCUUUGCGUCUUAUCGAAGAAGAGGAAGACGAAAAUCACGACUCUAAACCUUUAACCCUUGCUGGUGGUUACAACAUGAUAGUCGCUCCUGUAGCUGACUUACUCCAAGAAUCAGAAAUCAUUAUUAUACCGGAUAACUUGUUGUUUCCUAUUCCUUUUGCUGCUUUAAAGGAUGGUAAUGGAAAGUAUUUAUCGGAUACUUUCAGGAUUCGUAUUGUCCCUUCGUUGACGACUCUUAAGUUGAUUCAGCUCAGUCCAGGAGACUACCAUAGUAAAACCGGUGCACUGAUCGUAGGGGAGCCAGAGGUUAGUGAUGUAUACUACCAAGGACACAUACUACAGUUAAACUCGCUGCCUUGGGCGAGAAAGGAGGCAGAGAUGAUUGGGCGACUGCUCGGUGUUCAACCGUUGCUUGGAAAGGAUGCAACUAAGCAGGCAGUCCUGGAAAGCAUGGAUUCAGUAAGUCUUAUUCACUUUGCUGCUCAUGGUGAUGACGAACGUGGAGAAAUAGCUCUUUCCCCUAUAAGCUCCUGCGGAACUCCACACGAAGAAGACUACUUAUUAACGAUGGCUGAAAUUUCACAAGUUCGACUAACAGCCAAGCUGGUUGUCCUUAGCUGCUGUCAUAGUGCAAGUGGUCAGAUUAGAGCUGAGGGAAUUGUUGGAAUCGCUCGAGCAUUUCUAGCAUCGGGCGCACGCGCCGUGCUGGCGGCGCUGUGGGCUGUAGAUGACAAAGCUACCAUGUGGUUUAUGAAUCGUUUUUACGAGCACCUUGCUCGUGGUGAAAGUGCCAGUGAAUCUCUUCAUCAGGCCAUGAAGUCGAUGAGAGAGACUCGCUUUUCUGACGUCAAGCAGUGGGCACCCUUUAUGCUGAUUGGAGAUAAUGUGUCAUUCAAAGGUUUGUAUUUGAUAUCAUUUUUAGGUUUUUUAGUUAUCUUAGUCAAAAUUUGUGAAAUUGAUGUUCGUGACACUACGCAUCAUUUUGAAAAAUAUUAUGAAGGGAGUUAUACUGAGUUUUCGUAGUUUUUUUUUUUAUUUAUUGUCUUUUCCAACCCUGGUGAUGGAAGUGAGGCAUCUGGAGAGAAGGCCGAAUUCAAUUGUUUUCCGAUUUUUAUGGAAUAUUUCGUAAAGGAUGCUCGAAUCUCUAACUUACUAAAAUGAAAAUGUAGAAAACGAUAGUUGAGAUUCCAAAGAGCAUAUGAAAAUAAUUUAUUAAUAUACCGUAAAAUUCCGAAAAUAAUCCCUGGGGCUUAUAUUUUUCAAAAGCCCUUUUUGAGGGGCUUAUUUUUGGAGGGGCUGAUAUUCGGAGGGGCUUAUUUACGGAGGGAAAUUUGCGUUUCAAAAUCGAUUGGACUAGCCUUAUAGUUGGAACUAAAUUUACCGUUUUUGCUUUGUUUUACUUUGAGGGCAAUUUUCGAAGUACAAGCCCUGGGGGGGCUUAUAUGCGGAGGGCCGAUUUAACGGAGGCUUUUUACGUUACCGGUUUGGGGGGCUUAGUUUUGUAGGGGCUUAUACAUGGAGGGGCUUAUUUUCGGAAUUUUACGGUAUCACAGAGAAGAGAAGUAAGUGUUAAACACACUUUUUCUUGAGGGUGUGCCUGAUGAAAGAAAAAAUGUAGUCUGUUCCAGGCUCCGCGACGGAGUCGCUGCGCACGCCUUUCACCGCUUCAUCCCUACUAUUCAAGAGCCUGGAACAGGCUUUAAAAAACGCUGCUAGUAUUUUUAGUGAGAGUGAAGAAUGAUCAUCGCAGUAAAUUUUCCAAUUUAAGCAAUUGGAAAGAAGAAGCCUGAAAAAAAUCAGGGCUUCAACGGGAUUCGAACCCGUGACCUCCGCGUUGCGAUGAUCAUUCUUCACUCUCAUCUACAACCGCAGUUCAAAAAUGAAUUAUUUCAUAUACUUCACAGUAUUUUUAGUCUUAAAAAGAUUCAUCCUCAGGGAACCAGAGAUAGUGCAGAGGGUAUACAAACUAAUUACCGGUGGGCGAGAGUUUGAAAGCAGACGGAAAGAUUCCCUGGGCACUUAAUCUAGCUCAAGCAGGUGCAGGGGCAUUUGAUUUUGCAACUUCUAUUUUAUACAGGUAUUUUUCUGGCAAAUGAGCUAAGGGAAACUCCCUUGUCGAUUUCGUGUGUUCUUAAAAGGAGGUCAUUUUCGUCAUCAAUCGCCUCGUUUAUGAUGUUUGUUCCCCGGAGAAAUCGAAAGAUUUAAUAUGCCCCCAAGAAAGUAUUUCAUUCGAUUCGAUUGGGUUUUACAAUACGUUUUGCUUUAGUUCUCUUCGUAGUCGCGAUUUUGUACCAGAGGAGAUGGCUGAUAUUCUGGGCAACCAUUGCACAGGCUGCUCGGGCUGCUCGGGCGGCAAGGGAUAGCAUGGUUGGCUUGAUAUUAAUCUCCUGCUUGAAGCUAUAAUCUGAUCAGUAUAAAAACAGCAAACGAAUCCAAGGAAUUUGAAAUAAAGUAAAAUAUUCUCACUGCAUACAUAAUUGGCCGGUGACGCGGGAGUUAAGGAACUCUUUUAAAUUCCGUGGUGUUGGGCCUGCGCGCUCGCGGCACGAUGGAUUGCGACCCGUGGUUAGAAUUGCUUAGUUUUUGCCCGCCUUUUGGCUAGUUCAACGGGGUUCAGUGGAAGUGACUUAGAAGUUUCGCCCCUCCCACCUCCCCUGGUGGCGGUUGACGUCGCUUACUCUCAUUAUUCGGCAUGCCUGUUGUCCUGGCAGUCGCGGUUGCCUCCCACAACUUAUUUCUUGUGUCGGAACAAUAGGUAUGCAAUGCGAAUAUUAUAUGAAUCACAUUUAAGCUGAAAGUGAGACAAUAUGACUUUACUGAAUUUUUAGCAUAUAUAUAUAAAUGAUUCCUCAAAAUGUAAAGGUUUUGUUAUAUGUUUUGACUUUGAAAAGAUCUGUGCCAGAUAUUUAGGUAAAACAUUUAGUGCAACGAGCAACAGAAGCAUGUUGAUCGACGGCUAAAAUGAAUCGUGCAAAGAAUACAUACGAAAGGGAACCGUCAUGAUUAGUUUUUUUUAUUUGCAGGUGCAUUUGAUAAGAGCAGUUUGGAAGAUGGCGAAGGUGCAACGGAAACAAAGAACUUGUAA